AUGCAGCAAGGUACCAAUGGCUUGCAGUUGAAUGGGGCUAGUUCAUUCGCCCCAGAAGAGAAUGGCAAUGGAUUCACAGCUGAUAUCGGUGCACCAAAAGAAGUCCCUCGUAUACCUAUGAAUAAAGUCAACCAGGAUAUUGUUCGCAUAAUUGGACAACAUCUCAGAUCAGUUGGACUUCAACAUAGUGCAGAUGUGUUGAUGCAAGAAUCAGGAUGUCGCAUAGAACAUCCUGUUGCAUCGAUGCUUAGACAACAUGUCAUGCAAGGAGAUUGGUCUGAAGCUGAUCAUGACUUGAAGGAACUGCAAACAUUAUUGGAAAAUGAACCGGAAGCAAGACAUAAUUUAGUCGCAAUAAAGUUUUUGUUAUUAGAACAAAAAUAUUUGGAAUGCUUGGAAGAUGAACGUCCAUUAGAUGCGUUACAUGUAUUGCGAAAUGAAAUCACUCCACUAAAUUAUAAUACACCUCGAGUUCAUCAGCUCUCUUCUUAUAUGAUGUGUGCUGAUUCAGCUGAAUUAUAUCAUAGAGCUUCUUGGGAAGGUAAAGGCAGUACAUCACGCACCCACCUUAUGGAACGUCUACAGGCAUUUUUACCUCCUACUAUUAUGCUUCCACCACGGAGGUUACAAACCCUUUUGUCUCAAGCAAUUGACAUGCAAGCAAAACGCUGUAAUUACCAUAAUACAUCUAGCACAUUGAAUACCGUAUCAUUACUAAUUGACCAUGUAUGUCCCACAAAUAAUUUUCCAAUGCAUCAUGUCCAAACAAUUAAAGACCAUUGUGAUGAGGUAUGGUUCUGCAAAUUUUCUCCAGACGGUUUGAAAUUAGCCACUGGCUCCAAAGAUACAACGGUUAUGAUAUGGAAUGUCGAUCCCAUUCGUUAUCAAUUAACACACAGAAGUACAUUGGAGGGCCAUUCUUAUGGUGUUUCAUUGCUAUCCUGGAGUCCUGAUUCAAAAUAUUUGAUAGCAGUGGGCCCAGAACACUGUCCUGAAUUAUGGCUUUGGGAUAUGGAAACUGAUGAGCUUCGAGUUAAAAUGAUUCAUUCAAAUAUUGACAGUCUAACAUCAGCUGCAUGGCAUAAAGAUAGUACAAAAUUUGUGACUGGUGGCAUCCGUGGUCAAUUUUAUGAAUGUGACUUAGAUGGUGGUCUAGUUGGUUAUUGGGAAGGUAUAAGAAUUAAUGCCCUAGCUUGUCGAUCUGAUGGUAAAACAGUUCUAGCCGCCGAUACACACAGAAAAGUACGUUCUUAUGUAUUUGAAAAAUUUGUUGAUUCUAAUAUUAUACAAGAGGAACACCCUAUAAUGGCAAUUACAAUAGAUCCUACCGAUCGAUUGGCAUUGCUAAAUGUUGCCACUCAAGGUGUACAUCUUUGGGAUUUAGAAGAUAAAUGUUUGAUUAGAAAAUUCCAUGGCUUAAUACAAGGUCAUUUUACAAUUCACUCAUGUUUCGGUGGCGUUAAUAAUGACUUUGUAGCCAGUGGCAGUGAAGAUAACAACGUAUAUAUAUGGCAUAUAAAUCGGGCAGCACCAAUAGCAACAUUGACCGGACAUUCAAGAAGUGUUAAUUGUGUUACAUGGAACCCCGUAUAUCCUAAUAUGUUAGUUUCUGCUUCAGAUGAUUUCACAGUUCGUUUAUGGGGACCUAAACCAGUAUAUAAUAACCCUACAGAUACUAGCGACAAUGGCUGGAACUCUUAG